CUUCGCUCGCAGCCCUCGUAUCUCACACAAAAGCAUUUUUCGACGCGUCGUAAAAGUGAAAUGUGCUUGUGCAAUUAAAAUCAAUCGGAAAAACUAAAAAUAAUCCAUAUAAAGUGCUUUUAAAAGUAAGAAAUCCGUGAAAGUUCGAUAUAAGUGCGGCAUUUGCAAAAACGCGCGCAAAUAGUGAGCUCACGAAAUACCACCAAAAAUCCCAACCAACAAAUCCCAAGCAGCCAUCAGAAACAAAAAUCGCCUAAUUUACGAUACAAAACACUUUUGGUGGGCAAAGGGAAAAACACUGAAUUCCGGCAAAGGCGAGCCACCACAGGAAUUCAAAAAUGGAGACGUCGGUUGAGGAGCACGGCAUGGACCUAACCAAGGUGACCGUGGUGCGGUCCGCCAAGGGCGUGGAUAUGCUUUGCGUGGAUGACUACCUGUACCACUUCGAUCGGAUCGGUCGCAACAACACCUACCGCUGGCUAUGCAACCGGCGCAAGGACAAGGCCACUCCCUGCAAGUCCCGCAUCUGCACUCUGCUGCCCGAUCCGCUGGACAAGACGCGCCACGUCGUCGUGGACGUAGUCAUGCCCCACAUUCAUCCGCGCUGCAGUGACCACGAGGUCAACAAAGUGGCCCAGCGCAAGCGGCUCUCCGUAAUGAUGAUGAACGACGCCUACAGCUCCACGCAGCCAAAGCGAGCUCGUCAGUACGAGCGCGCCAACGCUGGCCUGAAUCCGCCGGAGUUCAUCUACGGCGGUAUCGACACUUCCGCUGUGGAGGCCUCCUUCCAGCUGGACUUUGAGGACAAGGACCGUGUGUAUAUGCUGCGUCGACGCGACGGCCGUGUAAUGGUUUGCAUCGACGGACAUCUGUACUACCUAGCCGGAAAGUCGUACAAAGGUGACAUAUUCCGGUGGACAUGUGUGCGCAAGCGGGACAUCGAGUGCACGGCUAGGAUCUGCACGGAGGCAACUUUAGCGGGAGCACAUCGACUGCACGCCGUCGACUCAGAUGCUCAUAUCCAUCCGCAUUACUCGGCCGCCAAGCUGAUGCACAUGUUUUCCAAGCACCAAAUCGUUUUAGUGGAGGACGAUCAGACUUCGGAUGUCCUAGCAGAAUGCCCCAAUCUGGAAUACUUUGACCCAGAAAACACUUUCGAUGCUACCCAGCGCUGCGAUGAUAUGGAAUCAAUUAUAAUCGAGGAGUGCGAGGACAACUACGACGUUUACUUGAGGAACGAUGACGAACAGGCCGGAGAGAUUCAAGGCGACGAAGAGGUGGAGGUUCAUGAAGGGGAGGACUCCAUGACGGACCCUAAGUUGGAGCACAAUUCAAAGUGGCCAGCGGCUUUUGAUGUAAUUGCCAACUAUCUCGCACCGCCGGGCUAUAAUCCUCUUACGGAAACCGACUUGUCCAAGUUCACAUUCCUUCCCUCGGCGAAGGGUCGCAAGGUUCUGUGCUUGAGUCGGUAUCUAUAUCACUUUGACUCGCAAAGCAGGUCCAACGGCCACAUGUUCUUCACUUGCAUCAACCGGCGUGACAAGGUUAACACUUGUCACGUUCGCAUCACCAUGGAUCCGGUUGAGAACGGACCAGUAGUACUCAGAAUCAAUGGAGAGCACACACACAAUCCAGAUUUAAAGGAGAUCACUCGCCGGCUGAAGCAACAGGCCAAGCUGGACCAGGAGAACCCGCACAAGCUGACCAAAAGCGAGCACGGUGAAGAUCUUGAAUUCGAGAGUGACGAGGGUUCCGCCAGUCAGGGAGGAGAUACUUUUGAACAGGAUAAUAGUGUUGAUAGCAGCUAUGAGCACAUCGACACAAGCAAUGUAGUUAUGAAGAAGGUGAUCAGCAUCGAUGGAGCCAUUAAAAUGGAACCCGAAUCUAAGGCGAACAUGAUUGUGCAGUACCUCAAGGACGGCGCGGACAAUAUAAGCGCUAAGAUUGAGAUUCUGCCAGAUGCACUAGAGGAGCUCAACGAUCAGUCUCAUGCUGGAUACGCAUCCACUCCUCUGCCGAAAGUUCGACAGCCCGAGAUCACGAACAUCCGCCGGCGGCGCGACGUGGUUGAGCCAGUCAAGGGUGCCCAGCCGGACAUGGAUCUCACAAAGAUCUGUACCCUAAGGUCUGCCAAGGGGCACGAGCUUCUUUGCGUUGAUGGCUAUAUUUACCAUGCCAAGAAUCGGGGUGUUAUUUCUCGCAACUAUUGGGUGUGUAUUAAGAGCCGAGAUCCGGACAUCAACUGCAAGAGCCGCAUCUCAACAGCCACACAAAAGGAUGGCUCCAUUCGCGUCCUCAGAGUGUACAACAGUCACAGUCAUCCUUUCAGCGAGGACGAUAUCAAGCGGCGAUUGUUCAACGAGAUCAACAAGAAGCAUAACAAAAAGCUCAAAUUCAGGCCACUGCACUUCAUCGGCAAAUCUCUGGAUCAGAUUCAGCAGGAGUACGGUGAUUUAGCCAUCGAGCGACUCAAUGUCUCAAACAUCAGCAGCGACAUUGUGGUGCACAAGAAACCACGAGUAUCAAGCACCCAUAAUAGCAGCUCACAAUCUCACAAAGUGCAACACCAUGAGGAGGAAGAGGAUGUAGUUAUUGAGGAGGAGGAAGAAGAACACGAGCACGAGGAGGGUGAAGAGCUCACCCAUCAGUAUAUGGAGGUGGACAACACAGAUGCCAUCAUCGAGGUCGUGGAGGAAGUGCCGGAUGAGUUGGAGAGCUACGGAUCUAUUGUACCGAUUUACACUAUGAAACUGUACGCCGUAUCCGAUGGCCCACCUUCCCUGGCCGUUCGCAUGACCCUGAAGGCCUUGGAUAUACAAUAUCAACUAAUAAAUGUAGACUUCUGCGCCUUGGAACAUCGCUCUGAAGAAUAUUCCAAGAUGAAUCCCCAAAAGGAGAUCCCCGUUUUGGAUGACGACGGGUUCUAUUUAUCAGAGAGCAUUGCUAUUAUGCAAUAUCUGUGUGACAAAUACGCUCCGGACUCAAGUCUAUAUCCGCAGGACGUGAACCUAAGGGCGAUAAUCAACCAGCGCCUGUGCUUUAACAUGGGCUUUUACUACGCCCCUAUUUCCGCUCACAGCAUGGCUCCUAUUUUCUUCGACUACGAGCGUACCCCCAUGUCGCUAAAGAAAGUGGAAAACGCACUUGAGGUUUUCGAAACCUAUUUGGAACGAUUGGGCACCAAAUACGCGGCUGGCGAUAACAUAACCAUCGCAGAUUUCGCCCUGAUUUCGGCCACGCUUUGUUUGGAGGCAAUUAAUUUCGAUUUGGCGCAGUAUCCCUUGGUGCACAAGUGGUACGUCACCUUUAAGGAGGAAUACCCCCAGCUGUGGGAGAUUGCUAACAGCGGAAUGCAGGAGAUCAGUGCGUUCGAGCAAAAUCCUCCAGAUUUGUCAGAAAUGGAACACCCAUUCCAUCCGACGCGCAAGACUAAAGCUUAAAGUAGUAUAUUUAAGGUGAAAAUUGUUUAAUAUAAAUAAUUUUGUGAAUUAUUCAAUAUAUACAUACAUGAUAUAUGAUUAUAUACAUAUAACAUAUAGUACAUAUAAAUUGUUUUCAGAACCACUUUUAUAACCGUUUUUGUGCUCCGAAAUUUGUCGUAUAACAUUAGGAAAAACCUAUAAAUUCAUAUAGAAGUAUUGCUAAAUUUACAAGUUUACGUAAAAAAUUAUAUAUAAGGAAAUGUCUUAAUAUGGAUGACUUAUGUCUUUAAAACAUAAUUCAUUUACUCAUACCAAAAGUUUGAGUACUGAUAGAAGCAAACGGAAACAUUUUUUGAAUUGUGAGAUCUGAAUAUUCAAAGAAAAAUUGUUUUUAAAAGUUAUGAAAAUAUCUAUAAAAUUUUAAAUAUCAGUUUGAAUUGUUUUUUAGGCCAACCUAUAAUCCUUAGUCGUUUUUGGUAACCUUAACCAAUUAUAUGUUAACAAGUAAAUUUCAAAUUAUUAGACACAAACUUAUAUUUGUACGGCUCCAGCGAUUAUACACCAUCUUUUUUCUAAUACAUUAGUAUUACUUUAAGAAUGGUGUUUUGUUUGUUUAAGAAUUGUAAAAACUUUGGCAAAUUAAAAACUAACUUGUAAAAAAAUUAAAA